UAAAAUAGUGAAGCAUUGCAUGUGGCAAUAGCGUUGAAACAAUAAAAGAAUUGCCCAGUUCACACUCCAUGUGCGAUUCUUCAUAUUCCUGCUGUCUCUGUUUCUUUCUCUCUCUCUCUCUCACUUGAUCAAUCAUCAUCCCUUAUCACUACACAUCACUCAAACAAAACGUUGUUAAACGAACAUUGUCACCUACGUUGUUCUUCAUCAAUCUUCUACCCAUGGAUUCCAAGACCAUUCUUGAUUAUGCUCUGUUUCAACUCACACCAACUAGAACAAGAUUCGAGCUUUUGGUGUUUAAUGGAGCUGUUCGUGAGAAAAUAGCUUCUGGGUUAUUUGAACCUUUCAUUUCUCAUCUCAAAUUUGUUAAAGAUGAGAUCUCCAAAGGUGGAUACUCUAUUAGGCUAUUGCCUCCAUCCAACACUGCUUUCUGGUUCUCCAAAUCCACCUUUGAGAGAUUUGUGCGGUUUGUUAGCACACCUGCAGUUCUGGAGAGGUUUGUUAGCCUUGAAAAAGAAAUCCAGCAGAUUGAAAGUCAAUUUGAAGCGAAUGCCUUGUCGAUGUCAGUUGCAAUCCCGGAUGAAGGAAACUUGCCACACACAAAUGGAAACGCAAGGAGGUUAAGUGAUUCUGCAAAGUUAAAUGAUGUACUUGAAGGGGUUGACACUAAAGAAGAGGAAAACUCAAAGAUUUCGCUGCAACGUCUUUUGGAGUCUCGAAUGGCACUACUUCGAAAAGAGCAGGCAAUGGCAUAUACACGUAGUCUUGUUGCUGGAUUUGAUAUUGACAACAUUGAUGAUCUUGUAUAUUUUGCAAAUGCAUUUGGAGCAUCGCGUUUAAGGGAAGCUUGCAUUAAUUUCAAGGAUUUAUGGAAGAAAAAGCGUGCAGAUGAUCUUUGGGUUCAAGAAGUAGCUGCAAUGCAAUCAAACUUACCACCGGCACUCUCAUUUUCUGGAUCAUCAGGAAUUAUACUGGCGAAUGACAUAGCCGCCCAUGACCAGAACAACAAGAAUAAUAGCUCUACAGACAGUAUUCCUUCUGGCGACGAAAAUGCAUUUUUAGAAAACAAAAAAGAAGAUGUGAACUUAUCACACAUGGCGAAUGUUCAUAUGCCAAUGCAUAUGCCAUGGCCUUACAAUGUACCGCCAUAUAUGUAUAAUCUUCAAAAUCCUAGUCAGCAAAUUCCUUCAUACCAAGGAUAUCCUCCUUACCUUCAAAAUAAUAUGCAUUGGUCUUCUAACAUGGGAGUGAAUCAAAAACCACGAGCAACUAAAAAAGAGAAAUCUCAUCAUAGAAAAGGAUCAGAAGAAUAUGAAGAGCAGGAAACAGAUUCCAGUGAUCCUGAUUCAGGGAGUGAAUCUGAUUCAGAUAAACAGAAAGACUCAAACAAUUCUUUGAAGGAUGAUAAGAGGAAAAAAAACAGAAGGAAAUCAUCUGGAACAGUUGUGAUACGUAAUAUCAACUACAUCACUCCAAAAAGGAGAAAUGGAAAUGAGAGUGGAGUAUCUGAUGAAUCUUCUUUAGAAGGCGAUGCUAUCUUCGAUGAAGAAACUAUCAAACAGAAGGUUGGUGAUGCACUUGAAUCAUUGCAAAAGGUCCAUAAAGGUGAAAAACGUGGCAAUCGAAAAAAGUCAGUGACCAAACACAAUAAAUCAAAUGAUGCUGCUGAGGAAGAUGCAUCUGAUGGAGGGAACAAAAAUGAGAACUGGAAUGCAUUCCAGAGCCUUUUGAAGAUAGAUGCGGCGGAGACUGGAAUUGAUGGAUCAGAACAGAUGCAAUCGAUCGAUGUUCAGGAUGAACAUUUUGUGUUGAGAAACUCUGAAGGAACAAUGUCAUACGCUGCUAGUUCUGCUCCAAACAUGGAUUUCAAUGAAGUUCCAAAGAAUCGUGAAGUUGCGAAUGACUCAUUUAUUGUGACUCAAAGAGAUGGAGGAAAUGAAGGAGGAUCGAAGCUGGAUGAAUAUGUAGACAACUGUGUCCCAAUUACAAAGAUCAGGGAAAGUAUUGGUGAAGAUAUGAUGUUAGUAAACAUAUCAAGAGAGCCAAAAAUUGAACUUGAUGAUCCGUUAAAUACUUAUGCUGCUGAUUCAUCACAAACCAAGGGAAGAGGAUCAGAAGAUUGGUUUAUUGUUGAUAACAAUUUGGAAAGUAUGAGAAACCAUGACUCCCCGAUUGUGCCUAUAGUGUUUGAUGGUGAUGGAGCUUUAUCAUCAGUGAGUGAAAAAAGAAGUGAUAGAACUAUCAUUGAUGACUCCUUCAUGAUACAAGGUCAGUUGGUAGACAAUAAUCUUUCUGAUUCGCAAUGGAAGACGGAUAUGAGUAUGAUUGAAGAUCUAUCUUCCAACAAGUUAGAAACCGACACAAAAGAAAAGAAUGCAUUAUCAAAGAUAGAGGAGCCAAAUGACCUCUGUAUGGUUCUACAACGCGAUUCGGGAUUGGAUUCUGUUGAAGCCUCAAGGACCAUGGACUAUGAAAUUGACUUUUCUUACACAGAACCUGAUAGAAGAGCUUCUGUUGAUGAUUCACAUGUUAAUGUCAACAACAACAAUCUUUCUGAUAGUCCAAAGAAACCCAACGUGAUCAAAAGCAAAGUCUCGCGUUUGUCAAAGAGCACACCUGAACCGAUUUCUAGAAACAGAAAGCCAUCUCUCCCAAGAAAGCCUAUGGUUCAAAAGAGCCAAAGGGAAAAGGAAGAUGAAAUUAGGAAGCAAUUGGAAGAAAAGGCGAUGGAACGACAGAGGAGAAUCGCUGAAAGAUCUGCAUCUUCCGGUGUUGGUCGAACCGUGCCCGGGAAAGAUCAAAUAGCAAGGAUUUCUUCAAAAACUGACAAGAAUAAGACUCAAACUGUUAAAGAGACAAACAGAAUCAGUUCUGUCAAGGUCAGGGGAAUUUAGAAAAACUUGUCAGUAUUAGUGUCAUUUAGUUCAAUGUGGAUGCAAUGCUGUUUUAUAAGGUACAGGCUAUGGUGAUCUACAAGGUAAAGUGUAUUUAAAAGAUUGAUGAUGUGAUUAAAUUAAAUUGAAAUGAAUAAUUUUGUUUUGUAUAAAUAAACUUUUAGGUUAUUGAAAGUUUUUUCAGACCUAUAUAGUUACUCAAAAUAGAUAUUUCUUUUGAAUUUUGAUUCAUUCUUGUAUAUCACAGUAUUGUUUAUUUUCUGGAA